AUGGUCCGGCAACGACAUUCGUCACGGCCGUCAUCCUUGGCCAAACCGGCCAGCCCUCAUCCUCAAACUCCCAAGGCAAAUAUCACCAAUCAUGUUGACGCUAAGAUACUCCAUGAUGGCCAACCGAGUACCGACGCUGCUGGGAGUGUCGGGUCCGCGGGUAAAGAGCCCCAAACGACUAUGACCAGCGUCAAUGCAAAGGAUGAAGGAGAGGAUGUUGGCUCUGACCACAGUGACACUGAUGUACCAGUGGACGCUGAUGUCUCGGAACAUGGACGCGAGACAAUGUCGAUAUAUGCAGGAAGAAACCACCAUCGGCCUGCAAGUACUCACACGACGGCAGCGUACAUCUUCCACAGCACGUGUAGAGGACCGUACUCUGACAGAGCCGCAUCUACGCGGUCUUUAUGGGCACGAGAACUUGACUACCGCGAUAUUGGUGGUCGUCGCUAUUGCAAAGAGUAUUAUAUGCCCAACGACGAUGUUGAGCAGCUGCGCUUGACUAUUCAACACCAGGUACUCAUGCAUGCUUUUGAUGGUGAACUCACAGUUGCUCCCUUGAGUAACCCCACGCACGUCUUGGACGUGGGAACGGGAACAGGAGAGUGGGCCAUCCGAUUUGCUGAAUUGUUCCCCGGUUGUGAAGUGGUAGGAACAGACAUAUCUGCAAUCCAGGAGACCCAGGGCGUUCCUAUGAAUGUAUUCUACGAAAUCGAAGAUGCGGAGGAGUGGGACCGACCAUCUGACUACUAUGACCUGAUACAUCUGCGCUGCAUGGAGGGGGCAUUUCGAGACUGGCGGAGUAUCUAUGAGGAUGCCUUUGACGCGCUGAAGCCCGGUGGCUGGAUACAGAUUGCAGACUACGAUGGCAAAGAAGGAUGCGUACAGUUCUUUUCCAACUUCUCUGACGACUCGCCUGUUUUUGAGAUGAUGGCCGACCUCUUUGCCGGAGCUGAAAAGUCUGGCCGAAAACGUGGCAUGUUCCACCUCGAGCCGCAAUAUUUCUACGAGGCGGGGUUUGUGGAUGUCCAAGUCUCUGAGCAGGUUCUUAAAAUGGACAUAAAGGAAGACCCGAUGGGUAAGCUCUGGCUCAUGUGUUGGCUGGAUGGAAUGGAAGCUUACUAUCUGCGCACACUCGUGGAGCAGAUGGGCUGGGAUCCCGAGGUUGUCAAGAGCGGGUGCCGUGAGACAGCUCGGGAGAUUGCUCAGCGCGCCCAAGACUCAGAUUCAUCCCGGAAUAUGGUCCUCAAGAUGCGCACAGUAGUUGCGAGAAAGCCAUCUGGGGAAGACUCGCCUGUGUCGAGGGACUCGUCCAAUGCGAGUACGGUACAAGGAGGUAGCAGUGCUCCUUCAACAGAUCUUGACGACAUAUGA